GGCCUGCUGGACGGCGUCAGACCCGCGUCCUUUCGUCUUCUCAGGCGUAAUGAUGGCGCCGCCUGACGCGGCGCGCCCUGGUGAAGCCACGUCGCCUCCUCCUCCUUCCUCCUUGCCUAUAUAAAGGCUUCCAACCCCAUUGCCUUCCUCACUUCUUCCUCGCGCGUCUCCCGAGUUUCACCGGUCAAUCUCCUCUCUCUUGCCUUCCAGCCCUCCGAGCCAAGUAAGCUCUCUUCUCUUUUCCUUAGCUUUCCUUUUGUUCUCCAUUCUUCCUUCCGGUAAAUGUCUUCCUCCGACAGCCAGUAUAUUUCCGCCUCGAAUGCCUACGCAUUCGAGGAAUCCCCAUCUUCUUCCUCCUCCACCGGGUCAUCUUCACCCGAUUUUAAACACCGGUUGGUUCCCAACACCACCGCCCCUGAACCGCAGCCGGUUAACCAAAUGCCCGGUCAGGUUUUUCAGGAGAGGGAUGAACCGGUUGACGAUGAACCGGCUCCCUAUGACCCUGAUAACGAGUCAUAUGAGGAAUGGGUGAACCGGCUGGAAGCGGCCGGUUACUUUCCCCUCCCCACUAGCUACCCCUCAGACAUUUUCCCCCAUGUUUCCAAGAUUGCCCAAAACAAGGUUCGUAGGAAUCUCCCGAAGGGGUAUGUCCUUGAAUUCGACCCCAGCUGGCCGAACAUUAUCGAGCCUCACCGGGAUGAUAGAAUAGGCUUCCAUAUUACUUCUUUGGAGAGUGGCACCGUCUUCCCCCUCCGUCCCCUCCUUGUCGAGUUGUGCCAUUGUUUUAAAAUCCUUCCCGGGCAAAUUACGCCCAAUGCCCACCGUUUCCUCAACGCCUUUGUAAAUAUCUGCGUUGAACUUAAGAUCGACCCUUCCCUUCGCCUGUUUCUCUUCUUGUUUGAAGUCCUUCCCGAGCAUUUAACAUCCCGACGAAGAAGACCGGUGGUUCUUCCUCUGCCGCCCCCAAAACUAUACCGGUCCCCGGUGGAGAUCCAUUCUGAUGAGGGGUCUCCUCCGACCGAGAGGACCACGGUAAACCCUCCCCUGGACAAGGGGAAGGGAAAAGUUCGAACCAAGCAUGCCGCCACUACCCAUCCCUCAGCGAAGAGGAGAAGGGGAGAAAACGCCCCAGCCUCAGAGUCGUUAGAGCAGCUUUGGGUCAAGAUGGGGCGAAAGCUGAAAGAGAUGGGCGAGGUUGGGCCUGAAACCUUGGAGAGGCUUGCCGAGGACUCCCCUUCCCGUUCACUCCAGCUGGAGGAAAACCUGAAGAGGCUUGAAGCUCAGAACCGGGAGCUUCAAGACCUGACAACCCGGCAACUUGACGAAAUGGCCAACCUCUCGGCGGUUGCCGGUAGGGCGAACGCGGAGGUCCUCCAGCUGAAAGAGGAGAACACGAUGCUGAUGGGGGAGGUCUCCCACCUAAAGGAGGAGGCAUGGGUGAAGGAGCAAGAGCUGCCCGGUCGGGCCAGACAGUGGAUGGAGGAGAACCUGGCAGAGGCCGCCCGGGUGCUUACUUCCUCUGAGGAGAGGACAAUGGAGGGCUUCAAGCUUCUGUACCAGGAGGACCAUGGGAAGGAGAUGAUCAUCCAAAUCGGCUCCUAUGGUUUCAUGUCGGGCCAAAAAAGAGACCGGGAGGCCACCCAUGCGAUCCUCGCUGACCGGGACCCGAACUUCGACGCUGAUUCAUACGGCCUGGCCCCCAUCCCGGACGAAGAACCUGAACCUCCUUUUCCUCUCGAGUAAUCUUCCCGGCUGCGACCGGUUGAAUCGUUCUGUAAAACUUCAAACUCAUUUCCCCAGGAAUGCCCGGUGUAGCUGUAAAACACUUGACUUUUUUGUUCUGCUUUAAUGCAAUGCUUAAUUUCCAUACCGGUUAAUCUUCCAUAUCUGCUUGCUUCUUGAUUGAUACUUCGUUAUUGCUUCUUCGAAUACCAUCAUAGAAAUUCUGACCGGUACAUAAAUCAGGCCACUUCUC